AUGGCGGCAGGGGCAGGCAGGAGCUGGGGUCUCCCACCAUCACAGAGUGCAGGCCAGACGCCCUGGGUGACUGUCCUGCAGCCCCUCCCCUGGGUCCCUGCGCCCCCACAGCCGGGUCGUGUGAAGGAAGACCUGCUGGAGCUGAUGCUGCUGCAGAACGCGCAGAUGCACCAAGUGCUGCUCAGUCGCUUGACGGCGGGGACACUGACUCCGGAGCCCAAUGCCACUGGCCUUCAGGUCUACCUGGAGGGGCACCAGGAGGAAUCUGAGGAGGUGGAGGAGUUGGGAAUGCAGGCGGAAGAGCCUUUGGUUCUCCAUCACCACUACCUACCCUGGGUGCCGUUCCCCUGGGGCCCUGUGCUGCCCUGGCCAGCCCCUUUCCUGCCCCCACACUCACAUCAGCACCAUCUGCAGGCCCCCCCCAGGAUUCAGCACCACACUCCUGCCCCCUGGAGGAGGGAGAUGAGAGCUGUGCCUCCGCCCCCACCCCCCAGCGCCACAGGGACUGUGGGUGCGGAUGUGCCCCCGGCUUCAGAUUACUAUGAUGCAGAGAGUCUGCUGUGA